AUACAUGAGUAUUUUAAACGAAAAGUGUCAGAGUGGGACAUUGUCGGAUUCCUCAAUGAAUGUACCGAUAUAGAAUCUUACAGACAAAAAAUAGAGUGUUACUUAAAGUCUCUUGAGUUAAUCGCUGAUUCCGAGAAGGAUCAAAGGUGUGAAAAAGCAUUGGAACUUCUCAAACUUUACAGACAGGCAAUCUUCUCGCCGAGCCACAAAGGCUAUGCUGGGGCGCAGGGUAAUUAUCCCGAUAAAAAAAGAUCAAAAGAGUGGGAAAAGGUGCAUUCGAAUAUGCAGAUUAAUAUCCGUCGUUCAACCAUAAACGGGACAGUGAGAGGGAUAACAAAUGGUGUAUAUGGAACUAUGAGUGAAGGAGUGUUCGAUGUAAAGCCUGCACCAAAGAGGAGCAAUCAGAAAGAGAGAGAUAAUAAAGAUUCGAAAAGACUAAAAAUCAAUGACUACUUUCUUGUACGCACUACUACUCCUCAAUGUGAACUGGAUCAACAGGAAGAUCAGGCAAUUAAUUCGAAUGAUAAAAUGUCAAACCAGCAUGAUAGUUCAAUAUUAAGAUCAACAGAUUCAAAAAUAAACCAAGAGAAUCAGAGUUUGUGUUCAUCCGUUACAUCUUCUAACAUUAAUUGUGAAGAAGAUAUCGAACAUGAAUAUUACGAUACCAAAAAACGAAUGAAGGUUCUUUACUCAUGGGAGGAUGCAGUUAAUAAGAUUGAUUUUAGGGAUACUUCGAAAACAAAUUGGGUUUUUGGAAAUUAUAAUCUCUCCAACGAGUUCCGGAAUUUUCAGAUGUCAACAAUUCAACAAGUUAAGAAAAAACCAUAUCUAUGUUACAAAAAAGAUAUUCAUGAAAUUCUAUGCCUAUCAAAUAUAAUGCUGAUUGAGCGGACAAAACCAACAUAUUUGUCCUGUAACUCGACGAUUUGGGAUACAAUUUGUCGAAGACAAACACCUUCAGGGUUGACAUCAGCGGUCAACAAUAUAAUUUUGGAAUAUUCUUCGUUGUUAAAUUCGUUUACGCCAUUGGAUGAAAUCGAAGAUAGAUGGUGUACAAAUUUCUCCAGAGUCACGGAGUUGAACAAAGAGGAUAGAGCUAAUUUUUGUCUUAUUAAUAAAGACAAUGAAGAUACUUUUGUCCACAACACUUUGCACGACUUAAUCAAUGAGAUUUUUCGGGACUCAAUGUUAGAAUUAGUGUGGGCUAACAGCGAGAGCUCCUCUUCAAAAAAUCGACGUUCUAGCAACAAGGAAAAUGACACUGUUAAAGGUAAUAAACCCGAUUUCAAGAUUUUGACUAAUACUCGAGAUGAAAUUCUCUUUGGAGAAGUUAAACCAAGGGAUUCAUCAUCUGUAUUGGUGAAAAAAGAUCUUGUUAAACUUGCUGAGUUCCAAGCGGGUACUUUGGACGAGUUAAUCAAAAAAUACGGAAAUAGAAUUGGAAUAAUUUCUUUUGGCAUAUGGGUAUGUGGCAUGAAUGUUCAUAUCUACGAGAUGGAUCUAAAUUAUGACGGAAUAUAUAGGAUGAUCUUAGUCGCAAAUGUAUCUGUCCCAACAGAACGGGAAAAAAUCAUAAAUUUAGUGCCGGUUUUAGAAGCGUUUUAUAAUAUUAAACAUCGUAUUUCUGAAGUUUCAACGGUAAUCGCUUCUAACACCCCGCCUAGUUCUCCAUCACGUUCUUCCUAUGGCAGAAUGCCUACUCCGUCACCAAAACUUGUCAAGAUUGCAAUUGCAGCCGAAAAGGUUGAGCUUGAAACCAAGAAUGCCGAGCUUUUAAAACAGGUUAUGAAAGAGAAUGUUGAGCUCAAAGCCAGGAUCGCCAAAUUGGAACAGACCGCAGAAAAAAAUACUGAGCUUAAAGAUAGAAUCACGAAAUUGGAACAGAAACAGAUCCAGAUUAUUACUAAUGAACAGGAAGCAUCUCCUACAAAAGAUAUUUCGCCACUUAUCGAGGGCCAUUCUGGUGAGGAGAAAGGUAUUACCCCCAAUCCCUUGCCUGAAAUAGAACAUAGCUCAACCCAAUCUGAAUCUUCAACAGGGCCUAAAAUAUCUACAACCUCUUUACCACAAGAUAUUAUCGAUGACGAUUCAGUCCUAGAUUUUGUAGAAACGAUACAUAAGGAAAAGAUUAGUA